AUGCGUGGAUUCAUUGUCCUGUGCCUUUGCUCCGUGGUUCUUGCUGCCCCCCAGGGCUACAACUACAAUCCCGGCCCGUCCGGCUUUGGCGGAAUCAGCACCACCACCGGUGGAGGCUCCUUCUUCCAGGGCGCCGUCCAGGUGGCCCCCGGGCAGCCGCAGGCCGUCUACCAGCAGCCGGCUGCUCAGACUCACCACCAACAGCAGCAUGUGCAGCAGCAACAGGCUAUCGUCUCCAAGCGCUUCUUCAUCCACUCUGCGCCGGAGGAGGCUGAGGAUUACAAGGAACGUCAUAUCACCGUCGGCGUGCCCAAGCGUAACUACAAUGUGGUCUUUAUCAAGUCGCCACAACGCAACAACAGGAAGACCAUCAAGAUCAGCCCCGCCGCCAACGAGGAGAAGACCGUUAUCUACGUGCUGAGCAAGAAGGGCGAGAGCGACUUGAACGCCGAGGUUGUGGAGCAGGCCAGCUCCACUAGCAAGCCGGAGGUCUUCUUCAUCAAGUACAAGACCAACGAAGAGGCCGCCCACGCCCAGCAGCAGAUCCAAGCCCAGUACGACGCCCUGGGCGGCAGCAGCCAGCUGACCGACGAGGGAGUGGCUCCCGUCACCUCCGUAAUUGGAGCGCUAGGCAACAGCGAGGGUCACAUCGAUACGGGAUCCGUUGUGGGCGGCACGGGAACCGGUCAGAUUGUCUCCACCAGCGCUGUCGGGUCACACACGGGUAAUGCAUACCUGCCACCCAAUUUCUAA